AUGAAACACAAUUUGCGAAAGGCGAUUAAGACAGGCGAUGACGGCGAUGAAGGCGAUGACGGCGAUGAAGGCGAUGAAGGCGAUGAAGGCGAAGGUUAUACGAGAGGUGAUGUCGGCUUCAAUCUCAGCCUUGCGACGCAUCUACCAGUUAUAGAGAUCUGCGAUGCUAUUCAUGGAAAGAAGAUUGCCAACAUUGCAUCCCGUACCGAAGAGAUCGGCAGUUUGGACACGCACGACCAGAUCCCAAGCCUGUGGGACCACGACAUGUCCUGUUUAUCGAUUGCCAGCCGUCUACUUAGCCUCGCGGGACGGCAGGUCCGUAUUGAAGAUCUGUUCUGGAAGGCUGAGUGA